AUUCACUCCUGGACUAUGACUGUCGCGGUCGCUUCGUUUCUUACCAAGCUGGCGCUAUGUAUACCAUCGGCUGACCAGCUGUAUGCCCGAGCUCUUCGCAACAACGCCUAGGGGAUAUCCCGACGAACUUGUCAUUUGAACGUCAAACAGCCUUUCGACGGCUGAAAAGCUACCGGGCGGCCAAACAUUGUCAACCUCGCUCUUUGCUUCCUCCCAUCACCAUCUUUCCAGGAACUCGCCAACUCGCCCUGCACCAACUGCCAACUAUCGAGCCAACUCAGACGCUCGCUUUUCCCUCUUUAACUCGCCGCCACACGCCAUCAUGAACUUCAAGCUUCUCGUCCUCGUGCCUCUCAUUAGCGCGCUCUCUGUCGCUGCGCGCGCUUCCCUAGGAUCUCCCUCUCGCGCUGUCCUCGAAAGUCGCUACACUCGCCCUCAUUCCCUAGGCGAUAACUACGUCUUCGACCCUCGAGAUGGCUGGGAAACCGUUAACGUGACCGACAUGCAAUACAAGUACCGACGCGACUUGCCUAUGGAGGACUCGCCCCUCGCCGCUUUACCUCUUCUGGCUGGCAACGAGUCGUCGGCGCUUGACACUAUGGACGACGAUUCUUCCGCCUCGUCCCUAAGCAGGCGGAAGCUCUCCGUCGAUCACCUCAAGAACGUCGGUAAAGGCGUUGGAAAAGGCGUCAGCGCCGCCGUGGCGAAGGUCAUCAAGACGAUCCAAGGCAUCGGCAAACCAGAGGCCGUGACAAUCACCUGGUAUACUGGCCAUGAUCUCCAGAAUCCGAGCUGCUGGGCGAAUGGCAACUGGGCACCUACGGAUGCCUCCUUUGCUGCCGCAUUGACGCUUCAAGGGUGGACGAACAAGCCGAAGUGCUACAAGUUCUUGGAGCUUUGCCGCACGGAGAAGAAAUGCGUCUUUGUACGUGUUGUCGACACAUGCGCAGGAUGUGCUACUGGUAGCCGUCAUGUCGACCUCACGCGCGCCGCUUUCGGAAGCCUCGCCGACUUCGAUGAGGGUAUCACCACGGUUCAGAUGCGAGGUGCUACUGACCCCGAAGGCUGGUUUGAGAACUUGUGGGGCCCGAAGGCGUGAGAGCAUUCGACGAUUUAUUUCUAUGACGACGUGCGCCUCUUUCUUACUCAACGCUACCCUCUCACACGUCUUCUCGGCUCUAUCGUGCUCCGCCUGCCUCACGACAUCUUACUACAGGCUCACGCAGGUCGUGUGCUACGAACACCUGGAGAACUGUAUCACGUAUUCAUGUUUAUACCUCUCCGUCGCUAUACCCACUCGCUCACUCAUGUCUACGGUGUCAACAAACUACUCACUGUACAAUGUAUGGCAGGCAAUUUAUCCGCUUACUCUGUAGGAAAGGAACGAGGAUACAUCAGCCGCGGGAUAAUCCCGUCUGUGCCAUGUCGGU